AUGUCGCACUCGCACUCCCAUGACGCCGGAGUCGGCCACUCCCAUGAUGCCCUCGACAACCACGGCCAUUCCCACGAGAUCCUCGACGGUCCCGGCUCCUACCUGAACCGCGAGAUGCCCCUCAUUGAGGGUCGCGACUGGAAAGACCGCGCCUUCACUAUCGGUAUCGGAGGGCCCGUCGGAUCCGGCAAGACCGCAUUGAUGCUGGCGUUGUGCCAUGCGCUCCGUGACCAGUACAACAUUGCCGCCGUGACCAACGACAUCUUCACCAAAGAAGACGCCGAGUUCCUCACCCGCAACAAGGCCCUCGCCCCCAACCGCAUCCGCGCCAUCGAAACCGGCGGGUGUCCGCAUGCCGCCGUGCGCGAGGACAUUAGCGCCAACCUGCUCGCCCUGCAGAUGCUGCAGAAGCAGUUCCAGACUGACCUGCUCCUCAUCGAGUCCGGCGGCGACAACCUAGCCGCCAACUACUCGCGCGAGCUGGCCGACUUUAUCAUCUACGUGAUUGACGUCGCCGGCGGCGACAAGGUGCCCCGCAAGGGCGGACCCGGCAUCACGGGCUCCGACCUGCUGGUCGUCAACAAGUGUGAUCUGGCCAGCAUCGUCGGUGCCGAUCUGUCCGUCAUGGACCGUGACGCGGCCAAGAUGCGCGAGGGCGGCCCCACCGUGUUCGCCGAGGUCAAGAACGGAAAGGGCAUGGAGCAUAUCGUGAACCUGAUCCUCAGCGCGUGGAAGGCCAGCGGCGCGUACGAGAUCAGCCUCGAGCGCUGGAAGAACGGCGCCCCCCGCAACUCCGGGAGCGUCGACCAGUAA